GCGGACGCACCCACGCGGUCGCGCGCGCGCAAAAUAGUCGUCCGGCUGACGUGACACCACGACACGACACGCCGCGUCGCCUCCAUCUCGUUAUAUCCACCUCCGACUCCGAUCCACCUCGGCGGCAUCGCGUUGGUCCGGAGGGUUCGAGGGGAAAAAGAUCGAGGUGGGGAAUUUCGUUGGUGCUGCCCGCCGGCCGGCCAUGGACGCGCCAUUCUUCCACGAGCUCCGCCGCCAGGCCUCCUCCUACCUCACCGGCAAGAUCCGCUCCGCGCGCCUCGCGCUCACCGACGUAACCCCCACGCAGCUGAUGACGGAGGAGGCGACCAACGGGGACGCGUCGCCGCCGACCGCCAAGACCAUGGGCCUCAUCGCGCGGCAGGCAUUCGACAUCGACGAGUACGUCAGGAUCCUCGACAUCCUCCACACCAGGCUGGCCACGUUCGACCGGCGGCAGUGGCGGGAGCCCUACAAGGCGCUGCUCCUGCUGGAGCACCUCCUCACCCACGGCCCACGCAGCGUCGCGCUCGAGUUCCAGAAGGACAGGGCAGUCAUCCGGCAGAUGGCCAAAUUCCAGCACGUCGACGAGAAAGGCUUCAACUGGGGCGCGACGGUGAAGGGCAAGUCGGAGCGAGUGCUGAGGCUGCUGGAGCGGGGCCCGUUCCUGGAGGAGGAGCGCGAGCGGGCGCGCAAGGUGGCGCGCCAGAUCAGCGGCUUCGGCAGCUUCAACCUCAGGACAGGCGGCAGCGGCAGCUCCAGCUCCUCGCGCGCGCAGCUCUGGGGCGGCGAGGACGGCGCGGCGCCGCAGGUGUACGGGCGCAGCCACUCGCAGUACGAGCAGGGCCGGCGGUGGGACGAAGACGACGUCGGCGAGGACCAGGAGGACAAGGAGAACCUCAUCGCCACCGGGAGCGGGCGCGAGGAGGCUGUGGAACUGGAGGAGCGGCACCACCGCCACCCGUUCCUCGGCUUCGGGCAGCAGCGGCCGGAGGCGACGCUGCUGCUCGGCCAGUGAUCAACAAGGACGAGCCGAUGGCCUCUACCCUAGUCUCCUGUACUGUACCGUUCUGUGUACUAGCAUGUCCCGUGUGUGUCGUCAAAAAAAAAAGCGUCAGCACGGUCAGUCCUUUGCUGACGUUGCCGGACGCUUUAGGGCCGUGUUCUUCCUCUCUGUUCGAACUUGUACAGAAUGUUGUUCCUUUCCUCCAGCAAGGUUCCGCUGCGCUGCUACGUGCGCUCUGGCCGUC